AUGUUUCUCAGCAUCAACGCGGGCCGCGACUGCGUCGCCGAGAACCGCGAGGCCUGGCUGUCGCUGCUCCUGCUCGGCCGCCGCGUCGAGGCCUGCGGCUUCUGCGACGGCUGCGUUCGGCGCGCCGUGCAGGCAGGCGUACUUUGGCCCGCCGCGGCGCCGGUCGGGCGUGCCGCUGGCGCUGGACUCCCUUUCCUUACUCGUCGGCUGGGUGCUCUUCGUGGCCGUGCUCUUCGUGGCCGCUUAGCGGGUGCACUCGGCUUGGGGUGGGCCGCGCAGUUCAUAACAGGUAUGCCGGUUUUAGUGACUGGGCUCGCUGUCGCGUUCGUCGGGAUAUGCACGUUGCCGCUCAAGAACCAGGCCGCGAGACCCGCGCGAGCAUCUAUAGCCCGUCCGUGGCCGUCCCGGUGCCCAUCUGUGCUGCGGGAUCUCGUUACCGAACACCAGGUCACGCUGCGGGGCGAAGACAUCGCUCCAGGCGGGUGCCGGGAUGCUGUUGCCGGUCUAUGCGGCUUGCGCUUCGUCGUAGGCGGAUAUGUUCUGCGAGACGCUGGCGGAGACGCCUGGAUGUCAUCUUCCGAUAGCAUGUGGCGAGUGCGACCCAGACAAAGGGGUAAGAGCUGUCGGGAGAUCGACGACAACAACGAUACUAUGCUCGCCCAGGAUCCUGCACAAGUAUGUCAGGGGAGUGAAAUAUACAGCAGAUGGACGAUCUCACUCUUUGCGGCCAAUUUCAGACAGUUUGAGCCGCAUGGGCAAUUUGAUGCACCGCGCUAA